GAACCCUGUCUGCCCCCAGCCCACAGUUCCCCCUGUCUCCAACUCCCUGCCACCCCCUGCAGCCAGUCGCUAGCUCCGCUUUCCACCCGGCCCGGCAUCCCUGCAUCCCGUGCGGGGCUGCCCGGCCCUUGCCCCGAUGGCUCCGCUGGCGGCGUUGCUUCUGAGCGCAGCCCUGGGCGCCCUACUCAGCUUCGCCCUGCUGGCAGCCGCGGUGGCCAGCGACUAUUGGUACAUCCUGGAGGUGGCGGACGCCGGCGGCCCGGGGCGCGCGCAGCACUUCUACUCGCAUUCCGGGCUCUGGCGGACCUGCGAAGGGCAGAACAGCUGCAUGCCCCUGAUUGACCCGUUUGCCAGUGACAGCCUGGAAGCAUCUCCCUCGAUACAGCACCUCCUCUUGCUGCACCGCACGGUCAUGGUGGUCCUGCCUCUGAGCCUCAUCCUCAUCGUGUGUGGCUGGGUCUGCGGCCUGCUCAGCUCGCUGUCCCAGAGCGUCCCCCUGCUGCUCCUCACUGGCUGCCACUUCUUGCUGGGGGGUGCCCUGACCCUGGCAGGGCUGAGCGUCUACGUCAGCUACUCACACCUGGCCUUCGUGGAGACAGCCCGCCUGUAUGGCGCGGGCCACAUGCAGGCUGUGCACAUCAGCUUUGGCUGGUCCCUGGCCCUGGCCUGGGGCUCCUGCGCCUCGGAGGCUCUCAGUGGUGCCCUCCUGCUCACAGCUGCCCGCUUCCUCAGCCUGAGUCAGCGCCCAGGGAUGCCCCACUCUGUGAUCCUCUGAGGCCCAGGGCGGCGGCUGGUGGGGAGAAGGAAGGCUCAGGCACCCCUGGCAUUGGCUGGAAUCCUGGCUGGGAAGGCGCCUUGGGGAUGGUGUGUUGGGGAAGUCUUCAUUUCUACUCCAGCUGGACAUGAGGAAGGCAGCCAGCCAGACAGCCCAUGUGCUCUUGAUGGCACAGUCUGGCGGGGGCACCUCAGGGUUCUGGGUGCCUGGGGGUGCCCUGGGGAUGUAGCCCACUCCAGCCGACAGAGCUGAGGCAGCACUCUUCCGUGCUGGGUACUGGCCGAGUGCUUCCCUCCCUCUGUCCCCCCACAAUCUAGGCAAUGGGUACCACUCACCCAGUGCUGUAGAGUGGGAGACCGAGGCCAAAAACCGAGAACAGGUGGCAGGUCCAGGAUCACUGCACUUUGGCAGGACCCUGGGUUCUGUUUUGUUUCCCCUGCCAAGGGGAGGUUGUUGAGGAGGAGGCUUGAGGCCGGGUGGGAGAGCACAACCUACAUUCACGGUCACUUUCUUGAGUGCUUCCAGGCAAGACGGACCUUCGGUUCUCAGUCCUUGUCCUCCUGCAGGCUGCUGCCCCAGCUGGCCGGGUGCUGCUUCUUUGCAGCAACUAGGGGGGUGUCUGGGACUUGCCACUGUUGGGUUGAGUUGGGGCCAUGCCUGGCCAGCCCCCGGGGUAGCCUGGAUAGAGGCCCGGCUCAUCUGCAGGUAUGGACGCAUCCGCUGACAGGCCCGAGCCUGCAGCCUGGGACAGCACAGGUGAGAACUCCGUGUUUAUGUAACUGGAGAGCAGACGGCUCUAAGCUAGGGGCUGUGCAGCACCCCAAAGCCCCAGACAGCCCUGAUUCCUGAGUUUGGGAUAUGCGCUAGGGAAGGUAGCGCUUCUCAAGGCUUGGUCCCCGCAGUGUCCCCAGGCCGCUUUUGAUUGCUCCUGAGGAUAUGGGAAGCCCCGGGGAUCAGGGGACACUUGGCAAGGUUUAAUGGGACGCGCUGAGGGCAAAGGACUGGAGCUGAUGGAGACCUCCCUUCUAAUUUGUAUCCUAACUUUAGCCAUUCCAUGUAAGAGUUCUGCCAAAUGUCUGAAUAAAUCAUCUGUGAUGUGUGUGUUUUCCUCA